AUAACAUUCCCAGACAGCACACGUACGUCUGCCCGACGUCGGCUCAAGAGCGUACGUCGGCCUCCUUAUCUGAAACAUCUAAUAAGUAUCGGCCAGGCAUCGGCCAAAUCUUCAGUCAAGUCAACGGUAUUUCCCGCUCAUCAAGCUUGUCUGUUACGUCGGCUUUGGGUCGGAUAACUAUACCGGAGGCCGAUGCCGCGCUUCUCUCUGUUGGUGCGUGUCCAGUUACUCCUCCCUUUGCAAUGCAACCCACCAGAGCAAAGGCGACAUCAUGGGUGUAUCAAACAAUUCCACGUCAACUCGAACACGCAAAACCCCGGUAUGAAGCAUUGUCAUGAGCAUGCCAAACCAACAGAUGGCGAUAUAUUCCUUAACCCAGAGAAGCCACUCCAGUCUCGUCUUGCCAUGAACAAGGAAAAAAUGCGGGAGCUGACUUCGCAGACGUACGUGGCUCAGGUCAUUGGCACUGCUGUAUCACAACAUCAUUUGCUGGCAUGUACAUCUAGGAUGCGAUCAAUCCAGAUGAGAUUCUCUCCAAUGCCAGCAAACCGACAGUGGAAGACACGAGCCAGCACUUCUCCCACCACAUUGCCUCAGGCUUUUGAGAUACCGACUUAUAACUGCUUCUCCCCCCUAUGUUGGGAUCACCGGGGCCUCCAUCGCCCGGGAUGUACACGCUACAUUAGGUGUAGCAAUUAUGUGAGCUGCAGUCUGGAUCCUGCCUCUGUCAGAUCACCUAACACAAAUGGAAAGAUGACAUCGACCCUUGCAAGGACUUCAGGCGAUCCCAGCACUGGACUACAUACAGUGGUAAUCAUAUUUUCAGUAGUCCGUGUCAAAUUUUCUUUCAAGUUUUUGGGUGAGAUCUAGACCGAGGACUAAGGCGUAUACUAGGACAGAACUAAGUGUUGUGGCCCACAGGUGAUCCUAAAGCAACAAAGAGAAACCAUGGAGAGGAAGAAGUGGUGUUCAGAUGUUUAAAAGGCAGUGUUCGGGACAGGAAGCAAAGGCAACAAAGAGGAACCUCUAAGGUUUAAAGGCACUGCUUGCAGAGACGAGUGCAGAAAACAAGACAGAAGACCUGUCGAGAAUGUUUUAUGAUUAAAUGUUUUUGUUAUGUACAUGCACAUUAUUAUUUACAAUAUAUUUCUAAGAUACAUAAAUAUGUGACCUUGUAUAUGAAAUCCAGGCUACUGUCUUAACAUCUUAUGACAUCUAAAGUUUGAAUUUACUGAUUUAACAUUGAGUUCAGUCUUUGACAUGACCUUACUCAGUCAGUAUUGAAUAUGUCAAGAUUAUAUUUUCAGAUAAUGUUUUCUGAAUUGUGUAGGAUGAUUUUAUGUAGAAAACAGUAAGUCACAAAGAAAUACUUUGCUGGGUUUUCACAGGCCGUGUCCCAUUUGUACAACAUAUGUGAAUUAUCUUGAGACUAAAACUUCUGAAAUCCAAACUGUUAUAUUUUAGCAUUUCAAAUGCAGCCACCCUUUGCCUAGAAUUUGAAAUAUAUACCCUUGGGUUUUUCAGUAAUUUUUUGACAUCUCACCCUGAGAUAUUUUUAAAGAAAUUUCUAUGUAUUAUGGGCUUGAAUUACUUGUUUAUUUUAUCAUUUUGUCCAAGUAAUUUGAAAAAAGUUUUAAAUUAAAUUUUAGUUCUCAAUUGAAAUAAAUGUAUAUGUUGAGACUAUAUUUUUGUCCACAAACGUAAUUGAAUCAUAUACUUUAAGAGUAUAUUAUUUUGAAGGGUAUAAGAAAUAUUUUAGUAAAGUGUAAGUAAAACGUUUACACAGUAGUAUAGCAGUGUAUAAUAGUUACAGAAUAUAUAAUUUAUGUGUGACACAUCUAAAUAUUCUGUUAC